CUUUACUCACUUCUGCAGCAGUUUGUCAAACAUUUCCUCUCAGGCUUGUUUCUACGACUUUUAGACUGCACAGCUUGCAGCCGCAAACACACUUGAGGAUUAAAAACAACCGACACAAGAAGAAAAUCCAGCGCUUUUACAGAGACUCACUCAGAUAUAAGAGGAUGAAGUUAUCAUACACAGUUUUUCUCCUGCUGAAUUUCUUAUCAUUGCACGACUGUAAUGAUGCAGCGCAGGGUUGUAUGGAUAAGCACCGAGUGAUGGGGAUACUGCGUCAAAUGGAGAAGGUUCUUAAAGGACAGGAGAUCCGAUUCACAGAAGGGCUUCGGAUUAUGAAGUCCAAGCUCACCAACCUUCAGAACUCACUGUCCAAGCUCCCACAAGCAGAGCAGUCCUCAUCCCAAUCCUCAUGUCCACCUCUGGAAUCUGUAACAUCAUUGAUCUCAGCUCCUCAGAGAACAAACACUGGUCUGCACUAUAAGGCUGUUGUCUUUCACACAGAUGUGAGUGUGUGCGCCAGUAACCCGUGUCAGAACGGCGGCACCUGUGUGGAGGCUCUGAACCAGUACAAGUGCACCUGUCCACACAACUGGAGCGGCAGUCAAUGUCAAUACCAGACGCAGACAGCGCCUCCGGAGUGGAGCGUCAUGAAUGACCCGGCCUUCAGCCGUAAGCCUCGCUGUGCCAAAGUGGACCGAGCUCAGCACUGCAGCUGUGACGCUGGCUUCCACAUGAGUGGCACCUCAGACAACAGCAUCUGUCAGGAUGUGAAUGAAUGUGAGGUGUAUAAGGCUGACCGUGGAGGGCCUCUGUGUGGCCACGCCUGUGUAAAUGUCCCGGGAUCGUACCACUGCUCCUGUCCCACCGGAUAUAAGCUGCUCGCUGAUGGACGAAGCUGUGAGGAUGUGGAUGAAUGUCUUACACAACAGCACAACUGCAGCCGUGGCACCACCUGUAUCAACACCGGAGGAGGUUUCCAGUGCGUUAACCCCGAGUGUCCACGCUCGCACGGCAACGCCAGCUACGUCAAGACAUCACCUUUCCAGUGUGAAAGGAAUCCCUGUCCCAUGGAGAGCCGCUCCUGUCAAUUUGCCGCUAAGACCAUUUCUUACCACUACCUGUCUCUGCCGUCCAACCUGCGCACCCCGGCCACGCUGUUCCGCAUGGCCACCGCUACGGCUCCGGGUCGGCCGGGUCCGGACAGCCUUCGCUUUGGCAUCGCAGGCGGAGGUGACGCCCGCAGCAUGUUCGUGAUGCAGCGCUCAGACCGUCAGACCGGAGAGCUGAUCCUGGUCCAGCCGCUGCGAGGCCCGCAGGAGUUCAGCGUGGAGGUGGAGAUGUCCGAAUACGCCGACCGCACCUUCCAAGCCAAACAUCUGGCGCGGGUCCACCUUCUGAUUUCACCCUACGAGUUCUGAAGAGGCAGGUCGCUGUCUAAAUUGAGUGUUGAUGUUUAGACUUGAAGAGGAAAGAAUGUUUUCCUUGUUGCUAAAGCUGAAUGAUAGAGUUGUUCUCAGAUGCGGCUCGAUUUUGAAGCAGGGAUAGCGCAAAACUGUAAGAUAUGGAAAGUACAGUGGAAAGUCACGCUUAUGUGGAAGUGAAAUAAUGAUUUU